UAAAGAUCUUUAUCGAGUCUAUAAAUACUGAAAAGAGAGCAAAAUACAGAGCCAACCAUGGUUAGCCCGAGAAUGAUCACAUUCUUCCUCUUCUUAACCAUCAUGCAUCAUGGUGAAUCGGUCUCUACUGUACCGGUAUCAAAACCUCACGGUUUGGAAUCCUCAUCCACCGGAGGUUUGCUUCAAGAUAAUGGGGUUCGGGCCGCUUAUUGGCCUUCAUUUACUGGAUAUCCUGCUUCUUCCAUUGACACGUCAUAUUUCUCUCAUGUUUACUACGCGUUCGUUCUGCCGUCUCCCACAACUUACGAAUUAGACAUCACGUCCUAUGAUGUUGACAAGCUACUUGAGUUUACAAACGCAACGGGUGGUUGGAAUCCGCCUGCGAAGACUGUGUUAUCCAUUGGCGGCGGCGGAGGUGGUUCUUUACCUGAAACCUUCUCUCAAAUGGCUAGCCAAGAGUAUUCCCGUGCUAGUUUUAUCAAUUCAACCAUUAAAGUAGCUCGAGAUUACGAAUUUGACGGGAUCGACCUUGAUUGGGAGCUUCCAUCAAAUGAAUCUGAUAUGUCGAACCUUGGUUUGUUGUUUAGGGAAUGGCGUGAGGCACUCGAAUACGAAGCCAACGAGACCGUAAGACCCCGCCUCAUUUUGACUUCAGCCAUCUAUUAUGCCUCGAUCAUUUCCUUUGAUGGUCCACCUCGAUCAUACCCAAUCCAAGCCAUAAGUCAAUAUGUCGAUUGGAUUAGUCCAAUGUGUUUUGGUUAUCAUGGCAAUUGGGAAAAUUUCACGGGAUCGCAUUCGGCAUUAUACGACCCGUCCACGAAUCUCAGCACAGAUUUCGGUAUCGGGUCUUGGAUUCGAGCAGGUGUGCCUCCCGAAAAGAUUGUCAUGGGGCUAGCAGCCUAUGGACCGACAUGGUCAUUGCAGAACCCGAAUGCCAACACCAUUGGAGCCGCGACAACAGGCACGGGCCCUGGAGGCGGCAUAUUAGUCUACUCUCAAGUUAUUGAUUUCAACCAGGCCAACAACGCAACAGUUGUGUUCGACAACAUAAGCAUUUCCUAUUAUUCGUAUUCAGGAGAUUCGUGGAUCUCAUACGAUGAUGUUGGAUCAAUUGAAUCGAAGGUCCAUUAUGCACGAGCUCGAACCCUAGCCGGGUAUUUCUUUUGGGCGCUAGGCCAAGACUCGGAUUGGGUUAUUUCGAGUGCAGCUUCACAAGCAUGGUCAAACUGA